UAGGAGAGGACACGAUUGAUUACAUGAUCACCGAAAAACACUCCACAACAAUAUUUCCCAUCUCCUUCUUCUUCACUCUCCAUGGCCUCACUCAUAAGACUCUCCAUUUCCCUCGACUCCUUCGAUUCAACCUCAAUCCCCACCCGCACCAUUACCUCCAUUUCCAAACCUCACCUCCGUCCUUCCAAAACAACCCCACACAACCCCAAAACCGACUCAAAAUCACUCAACACUACCAUUCGCGCAUUAACCAAGAAACAAGACUGGGAAGCCGCAGAGAAACUCGUUCGUCAAAUGAUGAUAUCUUCAGAUUCUUCCCAGCCACUAACCCAUCACGUUUUCAACUCACUCAUUUACGCUUCUUCAAAACGCGGUUUACUCAAAUUAGCUUCCAAAUGGUUCCGAAUGAUGCUCGAUUGUGGCGUUACUCCGAAUAUCGCGACGUUCGGGAUGUUAAUGCAGCUUUUCCAGAAGUGUUCCAACAUGGAAGAAGCGGAAUUUGCUAUGUCAGUGAUGAGAAGGUUUGGUGUGGUUUGUGAAUCUGCUUAUUCCUGUAUGAUUACUAUUUAUACCAGAUUAGGGUUUUAUGAGAAAGCUGAAAGUGUAAUUGAGUUGAUGAAAUGUGAAGUUAGGGUUUUUAAUGUUGAAAAUUGGUUGGUUGUUUUGAAUUGUUAUUGUCAGCAAGGGAAAAUGGUGGAUGCGGAACGGUUUUUCGAAGCGAUGCAAGAGGAGGCUGGGUAUGCUAUCUCGAAUGUUGUUGUUUAUAAUACUAUGAUAACUGGGUAUGGGAAGGGGUCGAAUAUGGAUGGUGCGGAGAGUGUGUUUUCGAGUUUGAGUACGAGAGGGAUUGAGCCGGAUGAAACGAGUUAUCGGUCGAUGAUUGAGGGUUGGGGUAGAGCGGGGAAUUAUGAAAAAGCGAGGUGGUAUUAUGAGGAAAUGAAGAGGUUGGGGUAUAAGCCGUAUUCGUCGAAUUUGUUUACGAUGAUGAAGUUGUAUGCGAAUGAGGGAGAUUUGGAUGGUGUGGUUGAGAUACUUGAUGAUAUGGUGAGAUGCGGAUGUCAUUAUUCUUCGAUAAUUGAUAUGCUUGUGAGUGUUUAUGAGAGAGCUGGGAAGGUUCACGAGUUACCGCGUUUGCUAAAAGGUUCUUUUUAUCGGUAUGUUUUGGUUAAUCAAAGCCGUUGUUCCACUGUGGUUAUGGCUUAUAUGAAGAACAAGAUGGUGGAUGAUGCAGUUAGAGUGUUGAGGGAUAAAAAAUGGAAGGAUUCGAGGUAUGAGGAUAAUUUGUAUCAUUUAUUGAUUUGCACUUGUAAAGAGGAAGGAUUGCUUGAGGAUGCUGUUGGAAUAUAUAAGCAGAUGCCGAAAAGGGACGAGGACGAGAAGAAGCUCAACAAGCACAUCAUUUGCACGAUGAUUGACAUAUAUAGUAUGGUGGGGAAUUUCAAAGAUGCGGAGAUGUUGUAUCUCAAGCUGAAGAACUCUUCAUCGCAUUCGUUGGAUGUGAUUCCGGUUAGCAUUGUCGUGAGGAUGUACGUUCGAGCUGGAUCUUUGAAAGACGCUUGUUCUGUUUUGGAUGAUAUGGACAAGCGACCUGAUAUUGUUCCGGACAUGUUAUUGUUGCGUGAUAUGUUGUGGAUUUAUCAGAGAUGUAACAGGGUCGAUAAAUUAGCACAAGUGUACUACAAGAUCUCAAAAGAUCGGUUGAAUUGGGACCAAGAACUUUAUAUUCGUGUCAUAAACUGCUGUGCUCAGGCCCUGCCGGUAGACGAGCUUUCCAGGCUUUUCGACGAGAUGCUGCAGCGAGGUUUCAUGCCCAACACGAUAACAUACAAUACCAUGCUUAAUGCUUUCGGUAAAGCGAAGCUUUUCAAGAAGGUAAGGAGGUUGUAUUUUAUGGCUAAGAAACAAGGCCUGGUGGAUGUCAUCACUUACAAUACUAUUAUAGCUUCUUACGCGAAAAAUAAGGACUUCACCAACUUGUCAAGAACUGUUCACAAGAUGCAAUUUGACGGCUUCUCAGUUUCUCUUGAAGCCUACAAUUCAAUGCUGGACGCAUAUGGAAAAGAUGGUCAAAUCGACGCGUUUAGAGCUGUCCUGCAAAAGAUGAAGGAAUCAAAUUGUGCUUCUGAUCUCUACACAUACAACACUAUGAUCAAUAUCUACGGUGAACAAGGAUGGAUUGAAGAAGUCGCCGGUGUGCUCGCAGAGUUGAAUGAAUGUGGACUUCGUCCUGAUUUGUACAGUUAUAACACAUUGAUCAAGGCAUAUGGAAUUGCAGGAAUGGUUGAAGAGGCUGUAGAUGUGAUCAAGGAAAUGAGAAAAAAUGGAAUAGAGCCUGACCAGAAAACAUACACUAAUCUUAUCAAUGCACUGACGCGAAAUGAUAAGUUUUUAGAAGCUGUUAAAUGGUCGUUAUGGUUGAAGCAGUUGCAAUUAUGACUUUCAUAAACCCAUUGACAUUUUUUAUAUGGUCCUGGAUUUUAUAUCCUUAUACUUUGAAGAUUGACCAUUGAGUCCUAUUUGAGUCUUAAGCAUUGACUUGUCUUGUGGGGUGGAAAAUCUCAAGUAUUCUCGAUAUUUGAUAACUGUGAUCGAAAUUCAUAUAUUGAAGACUUAAGCUGGUAUUCAUGACAGACAAUCAAUUCUGCAAUUGGCACGUGAUUGAUGUUAAAAUAUGUUAAAAUGGGCAGUGCAAGUUCACCAGUGAGCAUUGGACUUUUGUCCAGAUACUCUACAUCUCGCUGCUGGUGAUGAGAUGAAAGUGAUGUUGUUCCGUCUAUAUGGGCUAAUAAGGAGUUCAGAUGACAGGUUUGCAUUUUGUGAUAGAAAAUGGAAGUCAUGGAACUUUGCAUUUUGUGAGCUUGAACAAACACGAGUUGGGGAUGAUGAAAUCCUAAAUCCGAUAAUGAAGUUGGUCUGGAUUCCAUCAAAAGUAAAAUUAUUUUGCUGGAGACUUUUUUUGGAUUGGUUGUCCACAAGAUCACAGCUAUCUAAAAAAGGCAUAAUACUUAAUGAUCAUGAAAGGAUAUGUGCCCUUAGCUUCAACCAUGAAGAAGAUAGUUCACAUCUGAUGUUACAAUGUGUAAGCUCCAAACGUAUACGGCAGGAAAUCAAUGUAUGGCUUGAUUCCGACCUGAUAUGGCAGUAGAUAGCAGGGAGAAUUUUCUAAUAUCAUUCAAACUUCUCAAAGGCAAGGUAGACAAGAAUAGAGAAGGCUUAUAUGGAUGACUGUUUGUUGGUGUAUAUGGAGUGAUAGAAAUGCAAUUGUGUUUAAAGAUGAUGCAGGAGAUGUGAGUGGGGUGAUUUUAACAUAAAAUUCUGUUCAUGGAUGUGGCUUGUAAUAGAUUUUAAAUGUAAAUUAAAAUGUAACUUUUAUGAA